AUGGCGAGCGGCACGGUGAAUCCGACAGCACUGAAAGCCCCAGCUCCUGUAGGCUUGCCGAUCGCGUCGCGCGCUGAAGGCCGCGGCAAGAAUCGAUCGCGGCGUGGUGUUGGCGUGAAGAUCUUGUCGGGUUUCUCCCAGGGCCACUCGACCGCAAAAGCCUCACCGUUUUCGUCCAGAUCUGUUGAUUCUCUGUAUGGCAUCUAUCCCGGUCGAUUACCUUGUAACCCGGUAACUCGAAGGUCGGCAGCGGCAGAUGGCGAUAAGGAAUGGCGGCUUUACACGUCAGAUCCGUCCAAUGACGAGGAGAAUGAGCCCGUGAAAUCAGCCGCAACAAGCGAUGGAGGAGAGGUUUCGCAGACGACUGGCGGGGAAAGCGCAGCUGGGGGAAGCGCAGGGGGGAAAAGCGCAGUAGGGGAAAGCGCAGCGAAACCGAGCGUACAGACUCAUGCAGCCAAUGCAAAUGAUCCCGAGGCGCCGCCGCCCACUCUCGAGCCCCCUCCUGCUUCACCGGGUUCUUCUGGUUCCGCAACCGGCGUGCGGGGCUCCGAGUCGCCUCUUAGCGCGCUGCGCGUUAUGUUGGAAGUUGCGGAGCAAGAACUCGCAACGGCUCGGGACCGGUCGUUAGCUGCCGAGGUCGAGGCGCAGCGCGUCGCGGAACGAGCGAUUGAGCUGAAGGACGCGGCUGUUGCGGCGGAGAACGCGGUGGAUGAGGUGCUGCGUGACGUGGAAGCUGAGCUGGCUGUCGAGGUGGCAGCGCAAAAGGCGCUGAACGCUGCUGAUGCGGCGUUCGUUGCGCAAGAGGUGGCGGCGACGGCGGCGGAAGCAGAAUUGCGCGCAGCACUGCUAGAGUUUGUGAAUAGGGAGGGCGAAGCGGGAAGGUCAGAGGAGGAAGGCGGACUGGGGGGCGCGGAUCCGGGAACAGGCGCCGGGGGGAAGCCUUCUGCGGAAAAAGUUACCGCGGAAAGGGUAGACGCGCUGAAGGCGGCGGUGAAAGAGGCGCAGGAGUUGAUGCAGGCGCGCAGGGAGGAGCUGCGCACGCGGCGGGAGGCGCUUACGCAGGUGCUGGCGCGGAAGGAGAGGCUGCUGCAGCUGGCGGCGGAGCGGGCGGAGCGCGCGGGAGAGGCGCGGAGGUUGGCGCAGGAGGCGGAGGAGCGCGCGGCUGCAAGCAUGGCGGCGGCGGAAGAGGCGGUGGCGGGGGAGGUGGAGGCAAAUAGGCGCGUGUCGGACGCGAGCAAGGCCAUCAGCAGGGCGGAGAAGCUGAGCAAAGAUAUCGCCAAGGCAAGGGAGAAGGCGGCCCUGCUGACUGUGGAGAAGGAGGCUCUCCUGGCCAAUGAGGUGGCUCGGGCGUCUGCUGCGCUGGCGUCUACAGUGAAAGAGGGCAAGGCCGCAGCGAAGGAGAUGCUGCCACGUGGCACCCCUGCUGCAGCUGAUGCCGCUGGUGAUUCAAACGCCGCUUCUCCUGGUGUAGUCAGCACUGCUGCUUCUGGUAGUGGUGCUGCUACAGCUGGUGGGGUGGCAGCAGGUGGGGCAGGCGGGGAAUUGGGUGGCAAUGCUGCAGCAGGUGCAGCUGAGGCGGUUGUGGGGGCGGAUGGUGGCAGGGGGAAGGGGGAGGAGCGCGAGGAGGAGGCAUCGAAGGGAGAGAGUGCGGUACAGAGUGGUGGUGGGGAGUCUGGGAAGGAAGGAGGGGAGGCAGUGCCUGCUGCUGCGAGCAACGGUGGGGUGAAGAGUGCAGGUAGCAGUGCCGCGACUGCUGCCGCUGCGCCUGUGGGAAAGGUUCCUGGGGAAGGGAAUGGGGUGGCACGUGUCAGCCUGGAAUUGGACAAGGCAGGUGCCACCUCCCCCUGGGCGUGGCUGCAGAGCGCCCUGCCCCGCGCGCUCGCCGCCUUCAGAAGGCACCUCCCCAAGGCCGUGGUGGCGUUUGUCGUUUUGCUGCUGGGGUGCGUGGCGCUGAACGCACGCAUGGAGAAGCGGGCGGCGCAGAGAGGACAGCACGUGCCGCCCGUGACGAUGGCGGUUAUGGAGGUGGAGCAGAAGGCGGUGCGGCCGCUGGUGGCGGAGGUGCAACGGGUGGGGAUGAGGGUGCGGGAGAUGGUCGAGAAGAUGCCGAAACAUGAGCCGAACGAGGAGGAGGCAUCGCUGUAUGACGUGCUCUGGCUGCUGCUCGCCAGUGUCGUGUUCGUUCCAGCCUUUCAGAAGCUCCCGGGAGGUGAGUUGGGAGCGGUGGUGAGCUGUGGCAGCCCCGUGCUGGGCUACCUAGCAGCGGGGGCUCUCAUCAGGUCGUACGCGCUGUCAAUCAUAAAGCACGUGCACGGCACCAAGGCGCUCUUACCACUCUCUCCACUCUCUCCCUCCUGUUCUCCCCACACUGCAGGCAGCCCCGUGCUGGGCUAUCUAGCAGCAGGCGCCCUCAUCGGUCCGUAUGCGCUGUCAAUCAUUAAGCACGUGCACGGCACCAAGGCACUCGCAGAGUUUGGAGUGGUCUUCCUCAUGUUCAACAUCGGCCUCGAGCUGUCUCUGGAGCGACUCAACUCCAUGCGCAAAUACGUCUUCGGUCUUGGCUCUGCUCAGGUGCUGGUGACAGCGGUGGUGGUGGGAGUGAGUGUGGCGGCGCUCGCAUCAGUGUCGGGCCCGGCUGCCCUCGUCAUUGGCAGCGGCCUCGCGCUCUCUUCUACUGCCGUCGUGCUCCAGGUGCUGCAAGAGAGAGGGGAGAGCACUUCUCGCCACGGCCGUGCAACCUUCUCAGUUCUCCUCUUCCAGGAUCUGGCGGUGGUGGUGUUGCUCAUCCUCAUCCCUCUCCUCGCACCCUCUCCGACUUCUGCCGACGGGUCCGUGGGUCUGGCAGCCAUUGCGAAGGCGCUGGGGCUGGCAGCAAUGAAGGCCGUCGUCGCCAUUGCAGGCAUCUUUGCGGGCGGCAGACUGCUACUGCGUCCCAUCUAUCGCAGCAUGGCGGAGAAUCACAACGCGGAGAUCUUUGCCGCCAACACGCUGCUUGUCGUGCUCGGGACCUCCGUGCUCACCGCCCAGGCGGGCCUAUCAAUGGCCCUGGGGGCGUUCCUGGCAGGGCUGCUGCUGGCAGAGACAGAGUUUGCACUGCAGGUGGAGUCGGACAUCAACCCGUACCGCGGGCUGCUGCUCGGGCUCUUCUUCAUGACUGUGGGAAUGUCCAUCGAUCCCAAGCUUCUGAUCGCGCGUUUUCCCCUCAUCAUUGCAUCGAUAGCAGCGCUCAUCAUUGGCAAGACGGCCCUCAUAACGGCCAUGGGGCGCUACUUCGGUCUCUCCACCAUCGCUGCUGUGCGCACUGGCUUGUUGCUCGCUCCUGGAGGGGAGUUCGCCUUCGUUGCCUUUGGAGAGGCCGUGCAGAAGGGCAUCAUGCCGGCGCAGCUCUCCUCUCUCCUCUUCCUAAUCGUUGGCAUCAGCAUGGCCAUCACGCCCUGGCUCGCCGGCUUUGGUCAGCUGCUGGCGGCGCGCUUCGACCAGCAGGACGUGAGGAGUCUGGAGCCGCAAGAGACAGAGACGGACGACCUGCAGGGCCACAUCAUCAUCUGUGGCUUCGGCCGCGUGGGGCAGAUCAUCGGCCAGCUGCUCUCAGAGCGCCUCAUCCCCUUCGUUGCCCUCGACGUGCGCACUGAGAGAGUGAGCGCGGGUCAGAGUCUCGACUUGCCAGUCUAUUUCGGCGACGCGGGCAGCCGGGACGUGCUGCACAAGGUGGGGGCGGAGCGGGCGGCGGCGGCUGUCAUUACUCUCGACACGCCCGGAGCGAACUACCGCGCGGUGUGGGCUUUGACACGCAACUUCCCACACAUCAAGACGUUUGUGCGCGCGCAUGACGUCGACCAUGGGAUCAAUUUGGAAAAGGCUGGUGCCACUGCGGUGGUGCCAGAGACGUUGGAGCCCAGUCUGCAGCUGGCAGCAGCCGUGCUCGCCCAGGCCAAGCUCCCGCCAGCGGAGAUUGCUGCCACGCUGGACGACUUCAGAGUGCGACACCUGGCAGACCUCAAUGAGACGUCCAUGGGCUUUGCAUCAUCAUAG